UUUUUAUUUUCUUCUUUUUCAUUCUAUAAUAUUCGCGCAUUGAAAUAAAUAUUUAUUAUUACUAUUAUGUGAUGUCUGGGUAAUGGCGAAACAUUAUUUAUGGCAAUUAGCAAUUACGCUGCGUUAUAUGAACCGACUAUAUAAAAAACAAAAUAAAAUAAAAUACUAUUCCACAAUUUCACUUAAACCGUUACCCUUGGUUAAACCGUUAAAUUUUGGUCUUUCUUCUACACAGGUUUUACGAAUAGAUUAAUUCCUAAUUUUAUAACGAUCGUACAUAUUCUGUCGGUUUAUUAUGACGAAAGAUCGAAAAUUGUGUAGUCCAAGAAACGUGCGCCGAUAUUACGCUGCGCCCGAUCAUGUACACAGAAAGUCAGCUGUCUUGGCGCGACACAACGAAGAGCAUUUUCCCCAGCAGGACAUUGAGGAGUCGACGGUAUUUGAUUUGGUGUACGCAUAUUUGAGUAAAUGCGCUGACAAGAACAUGAAAUGGAGGCAGCGAAACUGCGCGUGUAACAAAUUCAAUAAACAACACGCGAGGAAGAAAGACGUUCAUGGACGUGACGUAGCGACAAUUCGUACAAAUCUCGACAAAGGAAUUUUCGAUAACAGUAGCAAGUGGUCUCGAUUACGCGCGGAUAAAAAUAUACUUGCUAAGAGAGUGUCUUCAAAUUCGUCGAGAGAAUGUAUUGCCGAUUAUACGAGAGCUGUCCGUUAUGGGCGAAGACGCGCGAAAUUCUAUGCGCGGGAAUUGCGAAAAGCGCUUUUGUAUGGUUUACAAUCCGGAUUGUUAAUCCCGAUUGAUCGACGAAAGAAUGAGUUACGCGUUUCCCGAAAGUUGGGAAUGUUUUUGUCGAAAAAUACAAGAGAGGCCAAUGAAGAUUCAUUAAAUAUCGCGACUAGCGACACUGACUAUUCUAUUUAGAAUUGACAAACUUGAUCACAAAUUCAAUCGUCAAAAGAAUAAUGUAACAAUGGUUUGCAAUUUUUACACUGAUAUUUCUUAUAAUUUUAUAAUUAAAUUAUUUAAAUAAAAAUAAUUAAA